AUGUCGACAGGCCUGGCCGAGCCGUUGUUGACGGUGGUGGUGUCGCUCGGGAUCAGCAUCGUCGCGUACGGUCUCACCGCGCGACUGGUGCCCAUGCUCGGCCCCGAGCUGGUCAAGAAAGGUCUCGCCGGCAAGGACAUGCUCAAGCCGGGUUUCAAGAGGAAUGAAGAUGCACCCGACUCCACACAGACGACCGAGUCCAAGUCGACCAAGAAGAGCAAGGGCGUCGUCGUGGAGGUAUCGUCGACUUCGCCCGGGAACGUGCUCCUGUACGCUUAAAGGGGCUGUGGUCAGCGCGGAGGGUCGUCCUACCGCUUGCCUGACGUGUGCUUCUUGUUACGUACAGUCCAGAAGCAACGGGUGUGAUCGGUGCUUCGGUCUACAUCCUGCUGUUGUCCUUGUUCGCCCCGCUGCCGUACCUCGCGCACCUGCUGCCGAACGCGUCACUCCUGUCCUUUUCCCACCGCGACUCAGUACAGGGCUCCCACAUCGCCCAAGCCCAACCUGUUACGACCAUGGAUCCUUCGCUCGUAUUUCCGCACCAUUCGUUCGCAACGUACCUCGCCAGUCUGCUCAGCCUCCUCAUGGCCGUCUUUCUCGGCUUUAUGGACGACGUCUUUGACAUUCGAUGGAGGUGGAAGCUGCCAAUCCCAGGUCGGUCUCCAGUACUGGUGAAAUCCGAUCAGUAUGUGUUGAAGCGCCGUAUGAAUUAUGUUGUGUGUUGCACCGUCCACGCAGUCAUUGCCUCGGUGCCCCUCCUCGUAACGUACGCAGCCGGACACGGUGUAACCGACGUCGUACUCCCCAACGUUUUGGGCGUCCGAACGCUCUUCGAUGCCGUCUCUACCAAUGGUGUCGUCCAUCUUGGUGAGUUAGUCUGCAAAGCUUAUCAUGACUGCACCGCCCCCGCUUGCAGGUGCUGCGGAAGCUGUUGGAAAAUAUUGACCCGGUGGAAUGAUGCUGAACGUCUUGCACAGGCCCGCUGUACUACCUCUACAUGUCGAUGCUCUCAACUUUCUGCACCAACAGCAUCAACAUCCUCGCCGGUGUCAACGGAGUCGAAGUCGGCCAAGCCUUGGUCAUCGCCCUUUCGAUCGCCCUCAACGAUCUUCUUCAUCUGACGUUCGACCUCUCGCCCAUCUUGGGUCAGACCGCUUCCAAAGUCGGCAUGGGUUUGGCGAGGGGCUCGGCCGAGCUUAGUGAUCGUCACAUGUUCUCGCUGUACUUCAUGCUGCCACUCAUCGGCGUCUGUUUUGGUCUCUUGAAGCACAAUUGGUACGUCGCCGACUCGAUUCUGCGGACGCCAUCAUCACAAACUGACACCACCUACUGUCUCAGGUAUCCUGCCCGAGCUUUCAUCGGUGAUACCUUCUGUUACUUCUCCGGCAUGGCCUUUGCCGUCGUCGGUAUCACAGGCCACUUCUCCAAAACGCUCCUUCUCUUCUUCCUCCCCCAAAUCUUCAACUUCCUCUACUCGACGCCCCAACUCUUCGGACUCGUCCCCUGCCCUCGCCACCGCCUCCCUCAUUACAAUCCCAAAACUCGAAAACUCGAACCUUCGUUCGCUCCUCUCCCAAUCGCUCACCGAACCAAACUGCAAACACUCUUCCUCGAGACGUGCCAUAAAUUCGGCUUGGUUCAAGUCAAAAGGGACGCGAAGGGGCAGAUCGAGGCCGUGUCCAACUUCACCGUUCUGACAUUGAUCAUGGUCUGGUUCGGACCGAUGACGGAGCCGAAUUUGACCAAGUGUACGAUGGGGUUACAAGUUGUGGGGAGCUUGGUCGCGUUUGGGAUUCGGUAUGGGAUCAGUGGGUGGUUUUAUGAUCUUGAGAGUAGGAGAUGA